AUGUCCGCCUUCAAUUCGAUGUACAUCGACGCCCAAACCAAUAACGCGUCGGACCUGACCGAGGCGCAAGCGAUCCACGACGCGGGUUUGAUCAUUCUGUACAACGUCACUGCGCUGGCCCUGCAGACGCUGUUUUACGGCAUAUACGUCGUGCUGAUCCUGUUUUCUACAUGGGUACUUUGCCAACGCGGAUUGCCGAGGGCCAACUUGAUGAUGCUCGUCACGAUCCUCGUCAUGUUCAUCUCUUCGACGAGCGGCUUCUGGGUGCACACUGUGACGGUCCUGAAGAGGAUCCGAAGCCUGCUCGUCGAACAGCCCGGUGAACCGAUCGCAGCCAAGCUUCCAUUGAUCAGGGACUCGUUGCGCGGCAUGGAGGGCGGCGCCUUCUACUGCUCUCUUAUCAACUUCAUACUUGGGGAUAGCAUAGUCGUCUGGAGGGCCAUGGUCCUGCAGCGUCAUAAGUGGCAGCGCUUCGUCCUAUUGUGCCUUUUCCUGUGCUCCAUCGUGGUUGCCGGGGUCGUUGGGGGCAGUCAGCUUAGGUACCUAAUCUCGCCCUCAGACCCCCUAGGUCAAAUUAUCGUCAUCAGCCGCUGCGUCUACUGGGGCCUCUCUCUGGUCAUCAACCUAUUAUGCACGUGUCUGAUCGCGUGCACAACAUGGAACUACCGCAAGGCCACUCAGCUGAUCGGCCGUCCCAUGCCCUCAAGGGCGCAGCAGAUCCUGACUCUCCUGGUGGAGUCUGCCGCUCUCUAUUCUUUCUUAUGGCUCGCGCUCAUCGUCGGCGAGUACAUCCGAAUACCCGGGCUCAGCAGCUUGGUGACCGACAUGUUCAUGCCCACAUACACACACAUCGCAGGCAUCUACCCGACAGCCAUCAUCGUCCUGGUCAAAAUGAAUCGCUCACCAUGCGGGAGCGAUGUGUCCAUCAAAACGAUGCCGCACAUGCAGUAUGCCUCCCGCGACCGUUCUGCGCAGACAGACGCCAUUCACCGGCCUCCCAGUCGAUCCAUAAUCUUCUCCGAUAACGACGACCUGGAGCACAAUAAAUAUCAAACCGAGGCAGUGUGGAAGCCUUUGUGAGCGUUUCGGCAGCAGCAGUCGAGGUUCCGUGUUCUGGCCCACUUUGUAUUGGUAUCUAUGUGUAAAACAGAAGCAGAUUUUCAGACAUGUUCUUAGGACGCACGUACCGAUGUAUCUGAUAGCGACGUUGAACCAAGUUCUCAUAUCC